GACACCACGUAUCAGCCAAACAAGAUAUAUCAUUUUUUUUUCUCUCAUUUUUUUUCUUUUCUCUCUCGUGCUCUCCGUCGUCUUCUCUUGUCUUCUGCGCCGUCUCUUCAUGUCGUCGUCUCUUCUCGCAAGCAGGUCCUCCUCCAAUUCUCUGGUUUUUCUACCUAUGAAUCAUCGAAAGUUUCCAUCUUUUUUUCUAGGAUUUAACAUUGUUGAUUCAAAUUAGAAUCUCUCCUUUCAGUAAGCUGUUUGUGUCUGAAUUUGUUUGCAACAUGAUUGGAAAGUUCCGGUACAGUUUGAAGUCAUAUUUGUUGAUUGAUUAUGGAGAAUCAGCCUGACAUCAACGUGAGGAUAAGAGGCAUCCUUGAUUGAGGUGCAUUACAAUUUUGAGCUCAUGGAAGAGACGCUUUACCUCACAAUCAACCUCAUCGACAGGUUUCUUGCGGUUACUCAACAUGUCCCAAGGAAAAAGCUUCAACUUGUUGGUGUAACAGCUUUGUUGUUCGCUUGAAAAUACGAAGAAGUCUCGGUCCCUGUUGUUGAUGAUCUCAUCGUGAUCUCUGCCAAGGCUUACACGAGAAGAGAAGUUCUUGACAUGGAGAAGUUAAUGGCGAAUACAUUGCAAUUCAACUUCUGUCUGCCAACUCCAUAUGUCUUCAUGAGGAGGUUUCUCAAAGCUGCACAAUCUGACAAGAAGAAUUUUGUGUGUGUUUUUAGGUGGAGCUUUUAUCUUUCUUCAUCAUCGAGCUUUGUUUAGUUGAGUAUGAGAUGCUUCAGUACGUUCCUUCUGAUGUCCCUGGUGUUUUCCAAACCCGGUUCCAGACUGCUCCAUUGGACUUAGAUACUGAAUCCUUCUACCUAAUCAGGAAAGAAACAAUAGAGUCACAGCUAGAGAAAGUUGCAAAUGGAAUGGCUGAAGAAAUACUCAUCAUAUCAUACGAAACACACCGUGGAACAGCGUGCAGAGGAAUGGCAUGGGAGCGGUUUUCGUUAGAGGAACUGAGAGCAGCAGUGGCUUGUGUUGGAGGAAAAGAUUUAUCCAAGAAACUACUCGAAUCUUCCAGAGCGCGGCUCAUGGCGUCUUCACAGCGUUCAUGGUCGUUGUCAUCGCUGCCGCUCGAUAUGAUAGAAGAAAUAUUCCACAGAACUCCGGCUGAAUCUCUACUCCGAUCUAAACCGACGUGCAAGAAAUGGUACGGUCUCAUCACCAACAAGAGGCUCAUCUACGAACACUUGCGUCGCUCCCCGGGAAGAUCCCUUAGAACCGAUGAGCGACGGUUCCUAAGAAUCGACCAGACGGUACAAAUCAUGGAACCGGUGACAAUAACACGCUCAGAGAAACCGAUCCCACACGAGAUCCAACCACUAGAAAACAUCAAAGCCAUGGUUCACUGCGACGGACUCAUGUUGUGUAUGUGUAGCGACAUGGAAUCAAGAAUCGUCCACCUCGCUCUUUGGAAUCCCCUCACGAGGCGUAUCGCAUUGAUCCAGCCCUCGACACGUUUCACGACUUCUGAUCACUACGGGAUUGGACACGGCGUUAACAAGUAUCGAGAUGGUUACAAGAUCCUUAGGUUUUCCGAUCGCCGUUAUGCUGAUCAUUAUCAUUGUGAAGCUGAUGUUGAGAUUUAUUACUGCGAGACGAGUACGUGGAGAGCUCUUGAUGAUGCUAAGGUUGACUGGACUAUGGAUUUGACGUGCCAAGGUGUGUCUGUUAUGGGGAACAUGUAUUGGCUUGCUCGAAGGAUUGUUCAGAUGAUUAUAGAAGACUUCAUUCUAUGUUUCGAUUUCUCGGUUGAAACAUUCAAGGACGUAUGCUUUUGUCCUCUCUAUAAUAUUAACAAUUACUUGAGCUGUUUAGAUGGAGAUAGAUUGUCUUUCCUACAGCAAGAUGAAGCAGAGCCAAACAUUAUUGAGGUGUGGGCUACAAACAAGUUGGCUGAUGAUGGGGAUGAUGUCUCCUUUACCAAAUAUUUCCGUGUGGUCAACCCUGAUCUUCCGUCGCUACUGUUUGAUUAUAGAGAAAUGUCUAGUCAGCCGGUGUACUACAUUGCCAAGAACAAACGUAUCAUUGCAUGGUGCGAGGGAGUGGUGCGUGACGGUGAUAAAUUCCCUAUUUGCAUCGUUCUUUAUGAAAUUGAUGAGGGUGGUUUACGUAAUCAACGUAUGACAGAACUACACUACGAGAAUGACUAUGUUGGCACCUUCCUUUGUGGUUACGUGUACGUUCCAAGUUUAGUCCCUCUUCCAUGAUAAGAGAAAGAGAGUUUGUUUCAUGUUCUAAGCUUUACUUUUAGACUUUUAGUCUUUUUUUUUUCUGUUGAUCUUUACUGAAAUUGACUCAGAAUCUCAAGUCAUCUUUGUUGUUCAAUAAAAACUAAGAUACACGCCGGAAAGAAAUGCAAUUGUUGUUCAUUUA